AUGGUUGUUUUCCGCGGUUGGUCUUUAUUACACCUAGCAUGUCAUUCUGGCAUUACAUUAAUGGUUGAGUUGUUACUCCAAUUUGGUGCUGAUAUAAACAUGCAUGAUUAUCAUGGAAGGACUCCUUUGCACCGUUGCAUUUCUAGUGGGAAAAAUUCAUUGGCUAAGUUUUUACUAAGGGGCGCAAAACCAUCAAUUAAAGAUGCUGGUGGACAUACUUCACUUGAAAGAGCAAUGGAGAUGGGAGGUAGAAACAUUGUUCUUCUAGAUGCUGUUAGCUACAGAACACCAUUUGUUAGCGACAUACCGACCAUAAUUUUUGGAGCAAAUGUUACGCAUCCUGAAAAUGAAGAAGACACUAGCCCCUCGAUAGCAGCUGUUGUAACAUCCCAAGAUUGA